AGUUGGCGGCCGCCUGGCCCGUGGCGCCUGGGCCGUGGAAAGUCCAGUCGUGGCUGACGGCGGGCACGAGGCGCGCGGGCCUCAUCUUGCGGCGGUCGUGGAUGAAGAACAGCAGGCGGAGGUAGACGAGGGGCUAUGGGGUUAACUCCUCUUCCUCCCUCCUGCCACCCCAAGUCGUCUGAGUUGCGUGUUUACUCACUGGUAGAGCACGUUGGCCUGGAUCUCAAGCUACCCACGUUCUAGCCCUGCUUUGUCAUUUCGUAGAGCUGUGGCCUCAGAUCCCUCCCUGGUGCCACAGCAGCUGAGUGUGCAUCAAACCUGAAGAAAAUCUACACAGUACAAACAGUACAGAUAUUCUGGAGUGUGUACAAUAAUAUUCCUCCUGUCGCUAGCCUGCCUUUGAGAUGUAGUUAUCAUUUAAUGAGAGGAGAGAGACGACCACUCUGGGAAGAGGAGAGUAAUGCAAAGGGUGGCGUAUGGAAGAUGAAAGUUCCCAAGGAGAGCACGUCCACAGUUUGGAAAGAGUUGUUGUUAGCGACUAUCGGGGAGCAGUUCGCAGACUGCGCUGCUGCAGAUGAUGAAGUAGCAGGAGUGAGUGUCAGCGUUCGGGACCGAGAAGACGUUGUCCAAGUCUGGAACGUAAAUGCCUCCUUGGUGGAUGAAGCGACCGUUUUAGAAAAGAUCUAUGAACUUCUGCCCCACAUAUCUUUUAAAGCAGUAUUUUAUAAACCCCAUGAAGAGCAUCAUGCUUUUGAAGGUGGACGUGGAAAACACUAAUUGCACUCUGUAAAGAAUUCUUUGUCCUUUGCUGAUUGGUUUUGGAAACGGUCUUAACAGGAGGGAGAGUGAAGAGAAGAUUUGCCGAAGUCCGAUGCUGGUCCAUUUAGAAUGGUUUCUGUCCUUGCAGAUUGGGCAAUUAGGGCUCAGACUGGCAGGUGGGGUGGGGAGAUUGUGUGGGGUUUCUACCAUCACUUACUUGCUUUUUUUUUUUUUCCCCUCUCUUUCUAAAUUCUCUGUUCUGUUCACUCCCAAUUUUGUUUCCCUUUUAAAUUCCUUAUUCGGUCUAAUUAUUGUUUUCUGCACUCUCCUUUCAUUGAGGCACAAGAAAUGGGUUUCCCUUUAAGUAGCUCUGCUGCACCUAGUUAAUGAGAAGAUGCAUAAUCAUGACAAUACUGCUUUUGAGAAACCACAGUGUACUCAGAGGACUACUAGCUGGUGAAACCUGUCUUGAUUAUUUGUUGUGACACAUUUCUACGUACUAUGCACUGGGCAUUGUUUUUUCUGUCCCAGGGAAAAGAAAAACCAUACUUAAUCAGAUUUUGCACUGACGGCACACACAUCUUUUAUCUUUUCUUUUCAAACCUUUUUGUUUGUUUGUUUGUUGUUUGUUUUUAGCUAUAAAGGAAAACUAAUAGUUGGGUUGCCUAGCAUGAAAACUAUAAUCACAGUUGAGUAUCAGAAUAUAAAUCAAACUCUAGGUUUUGGACUCUGUUAACAUAUUUCUAACCAGAAUUUCAUUUGGCCUUUCCAAAGGAAGGUAGCAAGGGAUUCCUCCAAAUAGGAAACCUUAUAUUUCUGAUUGAAAGAGGAGGUAAUAUUUUAAUUGUCUGAAUCAAGCUUCUCCUGAAUUUUGGGUGUGUGUACCCACGUAAGGAUUUCCACAUCAAUUUGAGCACAUUGGUUCCUGCUGACAUUGCCUGUCAUUUCCAGUAACCAGCAGGCCUCCGACCUGGGCCGCCUGCCUUUUCCAUUCAGGAGCAGGAAGCCAAAUCUCAUUUCCAGGAUGAAUGUGAACAUUCACAAAGUUGAACUUCGAGUGCAUUCUGUUCGUCUGAAUUCUUUGGAAUUGUUAAUACCUAACGUAUUAUGUUGCCAAAGAAACGCUGGUUUUAGUAGAAGCCAAUGGCAGCUUGCUCAGAACGUGCCUGCUCCCUCCCUCCCUGCCCUGCAGCCUCCGGCUUUCACCUGGAGAGGGCAGGGCCACUUGGAGCCGCUUCUUCCUGCUGGUGUGUCAGUGGAGUCAGAGCCAGUGCAAGCUCAGACAGUUCCCCAAGGGGCCCGCGCUCACACCUCCCUGGCUUCUAGGAUCUUUCAUUCCUCUUGCAGUAUUGACCAGCAGAGACACGCCUCCUACCUGUGUGUGUAAAUACACUUCUUCCUUCAGACACUUUAAAGGACUUUCAAUGAUAUCCAUUUUUAAAAACUGUGCCCUUCACUUGCAUUACUAACCACAUCAACCAUAAUAACAAUGAUCAUAGUUUUAAAAAAAUGCUUUGCUUCUAAAUUUGAAUUUCUUCAGUGAUUUCAAAAUGAGGUAUAAGGAUCUCAGACCCAUUUUCCAAAAGCUGGAACUUGUUUCUUUAAAUAUUGUGCUAACAUCCAACUUGUUUUUAAAUUAUUGAUCAAGGAUUUAAAAAAGGUAUUCUGGACAUGAAUUAAAAUUCUUUUUUAUAAUCUAAGUAUUUUUCUGAUAGAUUAGAAAAAGGAUAUAAUUGACUUAUCUUCAUUAUAAUUGUCAUAUAUAUUCCAUAAGUAAGUGGAUUUUGAAGUAUUUUUAUUUUUGAACUUUAUUUAAAAGCAUUGUGAUGACAUGUUCAACUUUUGCAUGUAUGUAGCCUUUGAAGCAAAAAUAAAAUAAAAUAAAUAGGAAUGUUAGGCUCACAUUAAUGUUUUCUAGUUUCUAUUGUUUAUGAUCAUGAAACAUGGCUUAAGACACAAAGUAGGUUUUUGUCCCAGAGCACUCAUGCAACUGUUUCUGACCCUGUGGAAAAUAUCAACUGUGAGAAGGAUUUCAUUUGCCUAAGUUAAGAAUCUAUCAUCUAAAUUGCUUUAAGAAAGGAUUUUGUCAGAUUUUGCUUUGGAAAUUGUUCUAAUUGAAUUUUUAAUUCAUAGGAGACGCUGUAUGAACUAAGCUGAUUUAAUCAGGUCAAAAAAAACACAAAAACCUCUCAUUACCUACUUGGAUUAAAGAAGCCAGUACUCUUUUAAGAUUUAAGGGAACAUUUUGUGGAUCAUGUGACUUUUGUAUUAGGGCAGCAUCCCCAUCUUGCUGGGGAAAGUGGGACAUUUUCGUAGAAGCCUGUUUUGUUUUUGAUUUUCAGUGAAGCCUGUGCAGGCGCAGCCUAGACUGCCCUCGCAGAGACGCACAGAGGCCAGAGCGCUCCUGUUCUUGUCUUUGUAAUUCCUCAGGGUCUGUGAGGCAGAGGCAGGCACUCCAGCAUGCUUUUUCUCCUCCAUUAUUGCCCAGGUCACUCUUUCACAUUUCUGAACUGAAGGUGUAGUUUACAGCAAACAUGUAUAUUUAAUAUAAUGUGGCUAUUAAAUUCAUGGUACAAUUGACAGGGGAAAAAACACGAAAAGAAAAACACAAUUCUAAUAAACUUUAAAUGAGUUUAACUUGACUCUAACCUUCUCAACUUUCUUCUUGAAUUUAGCUUAUAUCUACAUCACGUAUAUGGUCACCAGACUUUAUAGCCGAAAGAAACUUUGACUAAAAUUGGGUCCAGUAGACAUAGUGUACAUCUACCCACAGGGCCUUCACCAAAUCUGUGCUUUGUUAAAGGACAUGGGGCUAACAAGCGACAGAGCUGGGCUCUGAAGCUGUAGGCUGCAUCCUUCAGCAGAGAGCACUCCAAGUCAGUCAGCCUAACCCCCCAAGUCACCCCAGUCAAACACUAAUUUACUGGUCCUGUCACCACGGAUAAGACUGUACAGAAUCAGACGUUCUCGUUACAAACAGUUCUCAUUUCUCCCUCUCACUCUCAGUGACACGGCAGUGUUGCAGUUUGGUGUUUGAAAAUCGCCUUAGGAGAGAACCCCCUCUCGUGCUCACAUAGGGCUGACAGCGUUUGGAGCGGCCACAUGGUGGCGCUGCCCUCCAGCCGGUGGCUCCGGCUCAGCAGCGGAAUUUCUUGAACUAUGCUUGUGUAAUUAUUUUAAGAGUCUACAGCAUUUUGCUCUUGUAAUUUUAUAAAAAUUAGAUACUACCAAUAGAAGUUUAGCUCUCCUACACCAAAUAAAAAUGUGUCAAAGAUAAACCUCUCCAGAUGCUGAUUUUAAACUCUCAAAUCUAAGGAUCUCAUUGAGCCUGAAAAGCAGUUAUAAAGAGACUGAAUGAAAUACAGUAACAUGUAAGAAACAUUUCCUCAAAUAUUGUGCCCAAAGGGAGAAGUUAAAUUACUGUUUGAUUUUUUUUUGUUAGCUUUCUGAAUAUGGAACUCCCCUUUAAAAAUAUGUCCACUCUUCACCUUUCCUACAUUGUAUGUUUCUGUAAGAUGUCACUUGUUACAAAUGAAUAAGUAGAGGACUGCCUGUAGUAAUUUAUUUCUUAAAAGAAUGUAUUCAGAUCAAUCGAAAAUUACAACAGUUUGGUGACUUAGGA